CUCGACACCAUCUUAGCGGCGGGACAGCUCGCUGCGGCCGGCCUCACGCUCCGGGGACCGGGGACUGAUUCACCGGGACACCGCUCCGUCGCAGCCGGGUCGAGAGGACGUAACGUCCGGAGGAAGGUUCGGGAUCUGUCGGGUGAUUAUCUGUCGGCGCAGCGAGCAGCCGCGCGGGAGGAGGAGCGGGUCGAGCCGGGAGGAGGGAGGCUCCAGCCCGGACCUUCCCUUUAAAGCGAAGAGGGACCGAGGGGGUGAAGAAGGAUAAAAAAAGAAAAGGACGAGGAGGGAGGGAGGGCGAGGGCCCGAAAAAAAGAGAAAGAUGUCCUCCCGCGGAUCCACACACCGAGGCGGAGCCACGGAGCGCGGCCGAGCGGCAGCGCUGUAGGUCGGGGACGAGCAGUACGCGACGCCGAGGCCUGGAGCGGCAGCUGCGGCCUUUCGGAGAUUUGGCAAAAUAAAGCAACGAGCUGCUGGUUUCCUCCAUUUUCUUCAUUUAAACAGUUCAUAACCUGCAUGUGACCGGCUGUUUGAACCAUUUCAUCAUGAAACCUGCACAGAAGCGAGCAGUCAUUUAGACAAUAAGUGCUCAGUGGUAAUUAGCUGGAGCUAAGUGUCAUCAGGCCGCGGCUCCGGGUCUCUCCCCGGCGGACAGAGCUUCUCCUCCCGGCCCCGGUGAGCCCCUGCCCGGGGAGCUGCUCUCCGGCAGGAUGGACACGUCCUGGAGCAACUUCCUCUUUCAGACGCCGGCGACUCCGAGCCAGCCGGAGACGCCUCUCCAGUCGGAGCUGCUGCCCGAGCUGAGGGUCUCGACUCCUCCUGCCGAACACAUCGUGACGCCGCCGUCCACCGUGGACACGGCUGCGCUGAGCGAGGAGCCGCUCCCUGUCAAGCCGCUCGUGAGGCCGAGCCGCCCGGCCCACAUCUGCUCCACCUGCAACAAGGAGUUCAAGAACAGCUACAACCUGCGGCGCCACCAGUCGGUGCACACGGGCAUCAGGAUGAAGGGCGGCGCCACCCGUGAGAAGGAGGGGGGGGGGAGGGUGGAGAAGCAGACGGUUCCGCUCUCCCUCCUCCAGCUCACCCUGCCCAUGCAGCCGCCUGUCCCCCCUCCCCCCACCGCUGCCACCGCCACCCUCCCCCAGCCCGGCCUGCACGCCAACCAGGAGAGCCUGCCCCUCUCUGUGUCCAUCGCCCCAGCAACCGUAACCAUGGCAGCACCGCCUCAACCCAUCCAGGCAGCUGUUGUUGUGGUCGGGUCCAUGGAGCAGAGUCCUCACCCCCCCCCCGGCACCAACCAGGUGAGGAAGAACCACGCGUGCGAGGCUUGUGGGAAGGCCUUCCGAGACGUGUACCACCUGAACCGCCACCGCCUGUCGCACUCUGACGAGAAGCCGUACUGCUGCCCCAUCUGCCAGCAGCGCUUCAAGAGGAAGGACCGCAUGAGUUACCACGUGCGCUCGCACCAGGGCGCCGUGGAGAAACCCUACAUCUGCCCGCACUGCGCCAAGGCCUUCUCCAGACCGGACCACCUCAACAGUCACGUUCGACAGGUUCACUCCACAGAGCGACCGUUCAAGUGCACGACGUGCACGUCAGCGUUCGCCACGCGGGAUCGUCUCCGGGCUCAUCUGAUCCGUCACGAGGAGAAGGUUCCGUGUCACAUCUGUGGGAAGCUGCUGUCGGCCGCUUACAUCACCGACCACAUGAGGGUCCACAACCAAUCACAGCACCACGCCUGCCACCUGUGCAACCGCAGCUUCACCACCCUCACCUACCUCCGUGUCCACGCUCAGAAGCACCACGGUCAGGAGUGGAAGGACAGUGGCGGGGCGAGGGGGGGGUUUGGUGGCACCGGGGCCGGGGGGGUGCUGCUCUGCCAGCUGUGCGGCGUGCAGUGCAAGACGACCACGCAGCUCCAGGGUCACAUGGGCACUCACGCCAGCCAGGGCGACCCCGGCUCUGACCCGCCGGGCUCGGGCGCCGUGGGCAGCACCAGCGUGGCGGUCACAGUGACCAGCGCUGCCAGCACCGUGGGACUGCUGGUCACUGACUGCUCCGGUAUCGCCCCCCCGCCUCACAGCUAGCACGCUGCGAGGGCCGGGGGGGGGGGGCCUCUCCUCUGAGGACACCCAGAGGAGAGGACUGGAACUACAGCCGCCAAACCAGAUCUCCGUCCGCUGACGGGACGUCUCACUCCGACACGCGUCCCAGAACUGUCCACCUCAGAUCCUGAUCCACAACAGAUCCUGAUCCACAACAGAUCCUGAUCCACAACAGAUCCUGAUCCACAACAGAUCCUGAUCCACCUCAGAUCCUGAUCCACAACAGAGGUCGGAUCAAAGAGGACAGAACCAGGAGAAAUGUGUAUUUUUAUCCACUUUGCUUCGCAGUUUAAUAUUUCUAUCGGUCAUCACGUCGUCGCUUUGGUUUCUACCCGACCUGCACAGCCCGUCAUGCUUUUGUAAAGUUGUUUGUUGUUUUUACAUCUUUUAUAUUCCAUGAACUCAGUGUUUGGUUGUGAAGAGGAAACCGACCCGAGGACCUCGACGACAUGUCUUCUCUAAUUUAUUAUUCGUCAUGUCUCCCGGUGGCCUCGGUCCCAUCGGGCGGAGCAGCGAGUUUCAGGAGGACGUCGUGUACAAACACUUUUCUAGAGCUGAUGAAGUCCUCAGCGUUUGUGAAAUGUCCCGAUGAACACUGACCGUGUGGAACCUCUGUGCUUCAGAGGAUCUUUGUUCGUCUCUGGAUGAUUUGUAACUGUACUUUGUAGCGACUUGGUGACACGUGCAUAUUGAUUGUAUUUGAUGCAUCGGCCUGGUUGCUCCUGUAUUACAAAGCAGUAAAAUGCAUGUGUGGAUUAACAAUGAGACGAUC